AUGAGGAAGCUCGCGUUCCACGAGCGGAAGCGCCUCAAGAGGGUCAACUUGCUGGACUACGACAAGGGCAAGGGGCGCCGCGAGGGCCGCGUGAUGCAGCGCUACCACAUCGUCGAGAGGGACGACUACAACAAGCCAAACCAAAAACAUGAGUGCUCCCCCGCGCGUGCCCCUCCAGGGCCCCGACCAGGCGACUGCAUCACCUGGGUGGAUUCCUCAAAGAUCAAGAAAAGAGUCAUGGAGUACAAUGAUGCAUUGGCUUGA